AGGAUUAUGUUAUAUUAAUAAUACUGUAAUAAUUCAAUAUAUAAAUAUAUUAUGCUUGAUUUUUUUAGUAAAAUUGCGAUAGAUAAUGGUAGUUGAGAUUAUUAAUUAGAUAAGUCCUAUUUGAAAUAUGUAAAUUGAUUAACAAUAAUAAAUCUCGUUCUUUCACGCGAAAAUGAUUAACAUGUAGUUUAUAUAUCGAUUAAAAUAUUUCGACUGAACGUUGUGUCUAAAAAUAUUCAAACCAUCUAAUAACCAUCAUAUAUUUUUCAAAAUGUUUUAUUAAUAACUUUGUGGUGUUGUUUGUUUUACAAUAAUUACAAUGUAAAAGUCUACGUUAUAAAAUAAGUGUAAAAGUAUCUUGAGAUUUGUGGUGAAAAAAUUGCAGUAUGUUAGUAUUUGUAUUAUUUGAAGAAUUCUUCAAGAAACAAUUGUUAUGUAUGUAACAGUUGAUGCGUGUACCUCUUUAUCCUUCCAAAUUAUCCAGUAAAAGUAAUAUUUGACUUCUCAGAAGUGAUGUAAAUUCAUUAUGAUUGACAUUUUAAUUAUUAAUAUAAUUAGUUUUAUGUAAAAAGUAUUAUUAAUUUUUUAUAAUAUCAAUUUAUUUAUAAACAGGCAAAAAUUCUUAUGUUAUUUUUAAAUAUAAACGUCAACCGCACAUUUUAAAUAUUUAGAUAGACAUUUCGUAUGAUCAACUUGUAAGAUUAUUUAUCUAUCAAACAAACGUAUUACUAUUAUUGCUUUCUAAUGUACAUAUAAUUUUGCAAAUAUGCGGUUUUUUAAACAGAAGAUUACAGAUGUGAUUCUGUGAAUCAAUAAUAAAUUUCCAACCAAACUCUACAAUUUUGUUAUGAAAAUUUUGGAUUUGAUACAUUGAAUUUCAAAAAUUUAACAGAUUUACAAUACUAGAACUAGAGAGAAUCUCUAUCAAACAGAUACAAAUAAACCAGUAAUUUUUCAAAAAUUUUAUAAUAUUACAAUAUAAUAGUACAAUAUAAUAAAGUAUAUUAAAUAAUUAAUUAACUCAAAAAUUGACAUUUUUUGAAGAAAAAAUUGGUUUUGAAUUUAUUGAAAAAUAUGUAAAAUUAAGACAUGUGUUAUACGGGACAUGCUGUUGCAUAUAAUAAUAUUUAAUAAUAAAAUACGUAUUUAUUUUUGUGUGACUUAUAUUAUUCUAUAAAAUUUUUGUAUCUCAUAAAUAGGUUUAUCUAAUCAUAAAUAGAUUUAUAAAUAAAUCAUUAUUUAUUUUUUCAAUAAAAAAAGACUGAGACUAAUAAAUUAAAAAAAUAUAGUAGUUAUUAAAAUUUAUCAAUUUUGCGCCGAUCGCAAAAUACCUAUGGAAAUGAUGGAUUUAGAACGACGACAUUCGUUGGAUGCUAAGAAGAUCUAUUAUCUGUAUGAUACGGACAGGUUAUCGGGACUGUGACGGGCAAUCUCACAAGUGUAUGAUCGUCAAAGCGACGACUUCCGGCGAAGCAGCCUGGCGCGAAGAAUCGUUCAAGUAUCGCCAAACCAAAUUUAGCACCAGAAGAGUUCGCAAAAGAGUCGUUUUUAAACACGGCGAUUGUAACGUUGUUCAGGGAAACGUUGCCAAACGACGUCGACGGUAUCUUCAGGAUAUUUUCACAACAUUGGUCGAUGCACAAUGGCGAUGGACAUUAUUGGUGUUCUCUAUGAAUUUUUUAUUAUCUUGGCUAGGAUUCGCGCUUAUAUGGUGGCUGAUCGCAUACAGUCACGGUGAUCUUGAUCCCCAGAAUUACAAUAAUGGUACUUUUAUCCCCUGCGUUGUGGAUAUACGCAACUUUGCAAGCUGUUUUCUGUUCUCCGUCGAAACGCAGCACACAAUCGGAUACGGAGCGAAGCACACGACGGACGAAUGCCCAGAAGCAAUUUUCACAUUGUGCAUUCAAUCGAUGACUGGAGUGAUUUUGCAAGCGUUCAUGGUUGGCAUCGUCUUUGCCAAGCUAUCACGUCCUAAAAAACGCACGCAGACCUUGCUCUUUUCGCGUAAUGCUGUAAUCUGCCAACGAGACGGACAACCUUGCCUCAUGUUUCGUGUUGGUGAUAUGCGCAAGAGCCAUAUCAUUGAGGCUCAUGUUCGUGCUCAGAUGAUCAAGAGAAAGAUUACUAAAGAGGGUGAAUUGUUGCCGUUUUUCCAGACGGAACUUAAAGUGGGAGGCGAUGGAGAGGAAGAUAAGAUUUUCUUCAUCUGGCCUACUACGAUUGUUCAUAAGAUCGACCGGUACUCACCAUUGUACAAGGUAUCAGCCAAUGACAUGCUGCGAGAACGCUUCGAAAUUGUUGUAAUAUUGGAAGGAGUGAUCGAAUCCACCGGCAUGACCACACAGGCGAGAAGUUCGUACUUGCCAUCAGAGAUUUUAUGGGGUCACCGGUUCCAGCCCAUCAUUACGUUCCGCAAGGAAACUGGCGAAUAUGAAGUCAAUUAUACGCUUUUCAAUAACACUUACGAAGUGGAUACUCCACUUUGUUCUGCCGCUGAUCUCGAUCGCAUUCGAACGAUGCAUCACGUAAAAACUGGCAUGUUUCCAGAAUAUCGCGAAACCUACAGUAAUAGUUCAUUAACGAUGUCUUCUGCGUCGAGCCUGAAAUCUUCAACUAACGAGUUACAUAUGCAAAUGCCUGUAACGAUUUCAACAACCUCUCUAAACCCGAUGCCGAUAAUAAUCGCCAGAACAAAUGAUUCUUGCAAACGAGAGAACAUCAAUAUGUAUCCUAACAUAUCACGGUCUUCUUCUUCUUCUUCUUCUUCUUCUUCUACACAAAAUGAGACGACAAAAGAAGAACAUAAUAUCGAGAUUUCAAAGAAUCACGAGGAUUAUAAUCAUGUUUUGGAGAAUAUUAACAUGUCUUUGAAGAAAAGCAAAAAUGAGGAAGAGGAUAGAGAUGAAUUAAAAACCAAGUUAAACUUGACGAAAAAUGAAAAAGUAAGAUCAAAAUCUAAAUCUAUUGUAAAUGUAGCUCAAGAAAGUGAUUUAAAGAGAUCACUUUGUAGAAGAAAUGCAGACAUUAGAUAACACCGCCGGCUUAUGUGACGUUCGUGAUGACAUAUGAGACACACGUGACGCACGUGUUAAGUGCGCGACAACAAGAUUAAGAAAUUGACUGGUGCGAUAAUGAGGUCACUUCCCGUAUUAAAUUCAUCCAGCUUCUCUAACUCCCGGAAUAUAUCAUCAAUCCUUCAUCUAGCCAAUUUUAAUCAGUCCCUAGUAUGUCACGCAAGAGGCAAAUUUUUCAAAGGUUUCUUUUUUUCAUAAAUUUUACAUUAUUCUAAGUUACAUUAUUUAUUUAUACUAAAUUAUUCAUGCAAGAUUUCUAAUUCUGACAAUGACUGAAUAUUUUUCCGCAAAUUUUUUUAUUUAAAUACAUAUUUUAUUUUGGUUAUUUAAAGAAAUUCAUAAUUUUAAUUACCUAAAUUAUUAUAUUAUUAUAUGGUUACACUAAAGUAAGUAUAAGAAUUGAUUGCCUAGAUCAUGAAACAUAACAUUGAAUACGAGAACAGGAAAUACUGUACUUGUCAGUUUAAUCGUUAAGAACCGGAUGCUGCGUAGUUAGAAGAACUUGAGUCGCACGAAUGCACUACGUGAUGUCUUUGUGCCCUAGUUAGGAUAAUUUAAUAACCUUCACUGUGAUGAAUUUGGCUCAUUUGAAUUAUCUAUGAACGUGAAAAUAUGUGUCAUCUCGUAGUAAACUUUACGUGACUCUAAAAAAACGGAUUUACAGAGUAAAUUAACAAAUAUAUACUAACAUAUUGAUGAGCUCAAUAUUCCCUAUUUUUGUUACAGUAAGCAAUUUGUACUUACAUGUCUUUGGACUUUUAUAUCUACAUAGUAUAAUAAACAUUGACUCAUCUUUAUACAUUUUGUUAUGUAAUACACAUACACAUACACACACACGCGCGCGCGCGCGAACCCACACAUGUGUAUAUAAAAUGAUUUUAUACAUUAUGAAUAUUUUUAUAAUAUCUAUAA